AUUACCGGCAAGCAUACUGCGUUCGCUCGCUAGCUUGGUAAAUCAUUAUGGGUAUCCCAAUUGUUGCAGCUAUAUGCUUCUUUUUGGUUGGCUCUGUUAACACCGCGAGCACACAAGAUCCUCGGGCCACCGCUCAUGGAACACUAGACCAGCUUCUGGUUGCACUUAACACCACUGAACCCAUCUGGAUGUUGAAGCGCAGUUACAACGUAAGCGGCCACAGCUGCGUACAUUCAGUAAAAGAGUGGCUGAAUGGCACAUACUAUAAAUUUACUCAGUAUUACGUGGAUCAAACGAAUGGUCCCAAAUCUGAAAGGCUACAAGCACAGCUAAUUUCGGCAAAUGGCAAAACUGAAGGAGGGGUAAUGAUUGUCAGUAAAGUAGAGGGAAGCCAGCAGGAGAUGAAUUACACACUGCAUACUUGGAUUCACGAAGAGAAGUGUGGAACUCUAGCCGUUAAAGAUCACACCGGUGUGUAUCAAUGCGAAAUGUACGUGUGGUCUGGAAGCGUUCAUAAAAACUUGACACGGUGCAACGAGGAAUACAAUUACUGUACGAUGUAUAUGCGUCAACCCUCACAGGAUGUGUACAACAAUAACUGCUUACCGUUAAACGGGUGCUGAAGAACUGGCCGUUGGCCAAUUUUAUCAAACAAAAUUUUCCCCAAUAUUGACAUUUGCAGAUAAGAGGAAGAGUUCAUGCUCGUAUUCGGAAGUUCGAAAAGUUUUAAAUAAAAAUUCUAACGAACACAGCAGGCACAAUGCUUAAGUUUUGCGCUGGUAAAAGAAAAUCUUUCACUGAUAAUAAAAUUUCACACGCACCAAGCUAUUCAUUGUUA